GAAGAAUUUGAAUUUCACAACGACCAUUUCAGUUGGCGUCGCCUUUAGAGAAAACAACAAACGGAGCUUGAUCGUCUUUUGUAAAGAAUUUCUCAUAAAAAUUGUUAACAAUUUGUGUUGAUUUUGAGUGAAAAAGAUAAUUCAGCGUGUACUGUGUGACUUAGCUGUGGAGGAUUGUGGAAAACUUGAGUGAAAUUGCGGAAAUUCGUUGUAUUUUAUUUGGGUAAAUGGAGGCAUCUCUACUUGGUGGGAAGUUGAUCUUCCUGAAGAAGAAUGGCAAGAAUCGGGUUGUGUACACCACUAGGGGAAGCGCCGUGAGAUUUGGCAAGGAUUUAUUGUGUCACUUCCGGCUACGACAUCCCAAUGCGUGCAAAAUUCACUGCAAGAUUUGCAUUGGAAGAAUUGGAAAGGUUCAGAUUAUCAACUAUUCAACCGAUCAAUCUGUGGCUGUUAACGAUAAGAUCGUGAUGAAGAAGCAAUUUAUCAAAUCAGGAGAUCAAAUCAACAUCCUAGGGAUGAAUUUUGUCUGGGAGUUUACUCCUAUUGUGGAUGCCCUCAAGACAACAGUGAGAAAGUCCUCGCCAUUGUCCAUGCGUCCUGUGGAGAUGAAGAGAGCGUGCUGGUCUGAACCUGGGAGAAGGAAGAAGCUAAAGAGGUUAAACAAGGAGACUAUUGUGUCAAUUCUUACGCCUGUCCGGAAGAGGAGAAGAUUCUCUGGGGUCCCAGAGUUGAAAAUUGGAGUACCAGAAGAUGAAAAGACAGUUCCUGAAGUCGUGGAACAGCCCACGACGCCUGAAAAGAAUCUUUUGGAAGGCACUGGGAUUGUUUCUCCUAACCUUCCCAGGCAAUCCAUAAAUUUGAUGAGUUUCCAAACUCCAAAGACAUUGAGGGGAGAUAAUUCUACGGCUGAAUCCACCAUGAAAGACUCCACAGUUGUAGCUGCAACGAUUGAUGGAAGCAAGAGUCUCUACGGGACCCCAGUAGGUCCUUCCUUGGAGGGAACUCGUGCAUCUCCGGAACAACCAUCAAAUUUAAUUGAUUUAAACACACCGGCGCCGACAAAGGGUGAUCCAGAGAAAUUGUGUGCCGAUUCAGAUGCCUCAGACUUCUUCAAGACACCACUGAAGCAAAUCCGUGCAAGGGGUCUCAAAACACCCUCAUCCAUUGCUCCGCAGACUGCUGCAAAAGUGGAUUUCACAUCAUUGCCCCAAAGUACUCCAAUUGAUGUCACAAAGCGCCUGGAUGUGAAUGAGGAGAGCACAAUAAUUGAUGUGGAUCAAUCGGAAUCCGUGAUAACUAUUGAUGAUUCAAGUGAGACGCUUAAAACGCCAGAAAAUAGCAUAAAAUUCAUUGGAGAAGCAUCAAAAAUUGACGAUUCCUCGGCUACGCCCAAGAGAACUUUGCGAUCAGCCACAAAAUCUAGUGUUGCAUCUACGAAGAAGCUCCCAGAGGUCAAUACAAUGACCCCAAAGACUCCACAGAGUAUAAGACGAAAUGCAAAAACCCCACAGAGUGCUGUAUCUGUCAAAAAGCAGCCGCAAGAAGACAUCAAGAAGACAAGAAAGAGUACAAGGACCCCUCAGAGUGUCAAGAAGGUCAAAGGUGAAGAUGUGGAAAACUUUUCAACACCAAAGCAGGUUAAGAAGAUAAUCAGGCGCCCAGUAACGUCAACCAAGAAGCUCAAAGAGAGGAAGAUUGAGGCAAAACUCAAUACAUCCGAUACAACAGGUGAAAAGCCACAACCAACGGUCAGUCAACUACGAGGCCUAAUGACAAUGGAGAAUCUGACCAAUAUCACAUCCGGCAGUGACGUAUUUGACAAGGAAAACAUGACAUCACCUCAAGCAACGACAAUGAGUGAAGAUCAUCAGUUGAGAUCUCUUCAAAAGGAGAACAAUAUGCUUAACAUGACGCCAACUCCAGUGAAAAAGCAGCAUAAGAGCUUGAGUGCUGUAAAGUCCGGAAGGGUUACAAAGACACCGCGAAGUCCGCUGAAUAAUUUAAGCAACAUUUCCGGUGUUAAGAAUCUCUUUGGGACACAGCAAAAGUCCCCAAAAGCUGUUCAGAGGCACCACGUAGUUGCUUCUUCUCCACUAAAUGAUUUAACGGACGUUGGUGGUGUUAGAAGGCUUUUCAGAACACCCGGAAGGGGGAAAAAGGAUGAUUUGACGGACAUUGUGGGUGUGCGUGAACUUCUAGCAACUCCCAAAUCAACCAAUAAGCUGGAAGAUAUUGUUGGUGUGAGAGAAUUGAUGAAGACACCUCUUGAGGACGUAACAGUUGACCUACGAGGUGUCCGAGAACUUAUGCAGGAUCUCCCGAAAGAUGAAACCUCCGUUAGAUUGGCUGGUGUUCGUGAUCUAAUGAAAUCACCUGAGGAAGAAGGAGCUUCUCCUGAUCUGAGAGGUGUGAGAAAAUUACUAAAAUCUCCAGUGGAUCAAGAUCUUUCAAUGGAUUUGAGAGGAAUUAGGGAAAUCAUGAAGGAACCAAAGGAGGCAGACUAUUCCGUUGUAUACGCAGGCGUUAAGGACCUCAUGAAGGAAUCUAAGGAAACAGACAUGUCUCUGAAAUUCACAGGCGUUAAGGAGCUCAUGAAGGAGCCCACUGGAGACAAAACAAUUAACUACGCUGGUUUGCGAGAUAUAAUGAAGCCUUCAACAUCCAAAGAUACAUCCUUUGCAAUGGUUGGCGUUAAGGAACUUCUAAAGGAGCCAGUAGAUGUUGAGACUACUCAAAAUCUAACUGGUAUGGCUGAUUUGUACACCAUCCCCGAGGAAUCAAAACCACUGAUUCAGGGAGAAGAUGCUGAAGAAGCGUCAAAACCAACAUCUUCAUCAACAAGUGUUGUUGAAGUCAUUGAAUUGGAUGCAACGGUAGAUCAGUUAUUUGACUCCCUCAAAGGAUUAACGUCAAUGCCAUCAGUUCAGCGGACGUAUUCACGCAAAGAAAGCCCCAAAAAGGUUAAAACUCCCGAAAAGAUCGAAAAGGGAGGUGAUGAUAAAGGAAUUCAAGAGUGGAUCGAUUCAAUUGUCUUGUCGACAACAAAUGAAAACGCUCAUUCACGUCGUGCCAACAAUACACUUCAAGUUCUCAGUGAUAAAUACAGCAAUGUCACUGCAACGGAAUCUGAACAACUUCUCACAGAGAGCAUUGACAACAAUCCUGAAAGUGAAGACGUAGCUGAAGACAAUGCAACCAUUGACACUCCAUCAGUUCGUAGAGAAACAACCGGACGCGAUGUGUCCCUCAGGAAGUUGGCAAUUGCUCAGAGUUUUGCUGAAACAGAGAAGAAUCUUCUGUCUGUGAAUGAUACAUUUGAUUUUAGCCAUGGAGUAACGAGUACCCCCAAAACUCCUCGUUUGAAAGUUGAUCAACUUACGGAAAUUGCUCCAAGACGAUCUCCUAGGCUGCAGAGGACUACAGAAAUUUUACUAAAGACCCCAGAAGUUUUAUCGACAAAGGAGAAGAAUGAAGCAACAUCCGCUGCAUCAGCAAAUAACAAACCUCGUCGUGGAAGAAAACCAAAAGCAGUUACAUUUGCAGUUCCUGAAUCUCCUGCUGCAGUAUCUUCAUCUACGAGUCCAGUUCGGGCUAAGCGAGGAAGAAAAACGGCUGCUGAAGCACUAAAUAAAAUUGCUUCUGAAGCGUUAGAUAAAAGUGCUGCAGAUACUGAAUCAAAUCCUUCUGAACGUCCUCGCCGUGGACGAAAGGCUGCAACUACAAAAAUAAAGCCUUUAGAAGAAGAAGAAAACAAGCCUACUGAAGAAAUUCCUGCUAAGGCAGUUCGCUCUAGGCGUGGUCGAAAGCCUGCUGCUGUAAAAGAGGCACAUGAUGCUGAUGAAGUGGAGAACAAGCCUGCUGAAGAAGCAGAGAACAAGCCUGCUGAAGAAGCUGAAGAAGCUCCUGCUAAACCAGUUCGUUCUAGACGUGGUAGAAAGCCUGCUGCUUUAAAAGAGGCGCAUGAUGUAAAGCCUGCUGAAGAAGCAGAGAGCAAAAAAGUUGAAGAAGUGGAGAACAAGCCUGCUGAAGUAAUUGACGAAGAUCCUGCAAUGCCCAUUCGUUCUAGACGCGGUCGAAAGGCUCAACAAAAGGCAGAUCCAACAGUUAAAAAUGAGGAAGAAGAUAAAUCUUCUGAUGACGUCUUUGAAAGUCCCGCUCAGCCUGUACGUGCUAAACGUGGCCGCAAAGCUGCUGCAAGUGUUGAAGUGGAGAAACAAACUGAAAAAACAGCUGUAACAUUAGUUCAGAGUCCAGCUAAGCAAACACGUAAGCGUGGACGAAAGGUUAUUCCAACUGUGGAAGAGGCUGAAGGGGCAAAAGAUGUUACUGAAAAUGCAGAAGAUUCUACUGCUUCAACACGUACUAGACGCACACGGAAGGCAAUUGCAAAAACUGGACAAGAUUCCCAAGUAAAUGAUGAAGACACUCCUGCAAAGAUGACAAAACGUACCCGUAAGGCAGCCGGUGAGAGGAAUAACAAUGAAUCAGUGACUUCAGUGGAGAGUUCAGCUGCAACUUCAACAAAACGCAGUCGCAGAGCAGCUACAAAGGAAGAUGAAGAGUCCAAUGCUACUCCGGCAAAACGUACAAGGAAUCCACGUGCAAAGAAAACAAGCGAAGCUCCCGCUGAAAGUCCAGUUCAAUCAAAACGGGCACGAAGAGGCGCAAAACCCGAAGAAACUCCAAAUUCAGCAGCAACUGAAGCAGAUCUGAAUGAUUCUUCUCGUCCAAAGCGCACUAGGAAGGGGACAAAGGUUCAAGAUGAUGUGACGGAAAUCUCAAAGAAGCCCAAAAACAAUUCACCGGUGGUUGCCGAACAGCCCACAAAGAGGAAUUUAAGAUCACGCAGGCAGUAAAUUUUUAUUUUAUGUUUCAUUUUUCCAUGAAAAAUUUCUCAUUUAAUAUUUGAAAAUAAAGCUGAUUUUAGCUACAAUUUAUUGAAAUAAAA